AUGAAAAGCAGGGGAUGUCCAACUUCAACACCCGGUCGACUGUUGAAUCACACCCUGUCCCAGAAGUUGAAUCUCAGGGACACCUGCUCAAGCAAACAAAUCGAUGUUCUGGUGUGGCCAUCCCAUCCGGUUGAUUUUCGUCAUGAUAUGGCCAAUUCAAUCCCCGAAAAAACGGACUUCUUAGAUGAACCGGAGAAACGUUCGGAGAUCCUUCGAGAUUUCGAACUUGUAGAUGCAUUGAAUGAAAAUGUGAAUGCUGCGGUAGACUCAUGUGUGGUUGAGGCUGAAAAACUUGAAAAUGUAACGCAACGAUCGAAUAGCUUCUUCUCAUGUAUGGUAUACAGUUCUGUGGCUGAACAAUUUAAAAUGGCAUUCAAUUACCGGGAGCUAAGAUCCGGAAACUACUCGUUCACAAUCGAUCAAAAUCGGUUCAAUAAGGACGAGGUUUUAAAGAGAAUCAAGGUUCUGGAUGAAUCCAUGUGCGGACCAGACAAUUGUGAAAUUAACGGAACAAACCAAACGGAACAGAUUGAAACGCUUUUUGCAAACCAAAACGAUAUCAAGCUUUGUGAUCAAUUUCUAACAAAAUCGUUGAAAGCGAACCUAACUGAGUUGAGAUCGUUCAAAAUUUUCACAGUAAAAGAAUACUAUGGUUUAGGCAAGUAUCAAGAUAUGAAAAUAUUGGACGAGAAUGAGAUGAUUCAAAUAGAAGAUGUUGAGCCAUCGGAAAAUUUGACAGUUGCUGAGAUAGAACUAAACACCGUUAAAGAGGAAGAUGAAUCGCCCCAAACAGGAGACAAUAAACCGUAUCGCAUUAUUCUGAAUCGGGACAUGGACAAAUACAUUCACUGUAUUUUCCGAGGGAUUGGAUACAUUGACGCGAACGGAGAUAUUUCGGUGACAAAGCUGCAGGAACAUUUUUCGGAAGUUAAUCAGCUGAACAAUCGUAACAUCCAAAAUAUGUUUGACUGUGCCGCAAAAACCAAGCUCCACUGUCAUCAUUUGAGAUCCAACCAAUUCUAUACUUGCAUGCUUUCCUCCUCAACUUCAGAGGCAUUCCAAACUGUGUUUCAAUCUCGAGGAGUUUUUACCGAAGUUGAAUCUAAGCCUCGGCUAUUGGAAAACUAGAAAAACUUAAUCUGCUGUCAAAGUAGAAGAACA